CUUGCUCAAGCAGUUGUGAGAGUGGCGUGUAUUAGACCCCACAACCCAUAAAGCCUGCGGUGAUUUCAUGCAGUCAGAAUCAAAUCAUCUUCAAGACUUGGACAUUUCUGAAACAGCAAUCUGUUCUUACUUCUAGUUGACUUCUGGCUGCAGUGGCAUAACCAUGGCUUCUCAAGGUCUCCAGAUGAUGGGUAUACUGCUGGCCUUCAUCGGCUGGCUGGGCACCAUCAUCACCUGCGCUCUGCCCAUGUGGAGAGUCACUGCUUUCGUCGGUGCGAACAUCGUCACCGCCCAGGUGAUCUGGGAAGGCUUGUGGAUGAACUGCGUGGUCCAGAGCACGGGUCAGAUGCAGUGCAAGGUCUACGACUCCAUGCUGGCCCUGCCGCAAGACCUGCAGGCUGCCAGGGCCAUGGUGGUCAUCUCUGUGAUAGUUGGGGUGUUCGGCGUGCUCAUGGCCGUGGUUGGAGGAAAGUGCACAAACUGCAUGGAGGAUGAGGUGGCCAAAGCCAAAGCUUGCAUCGUGUCCGGUGUGAUCUUCUUAAUAGCCGCCUUGCUGAUCAUGAUCCCGGUGUCGUGGUCAGCUCACGCAGUGAUCAGGGACUUUUAUAACCCCCUGGUGAUCGCAGCUCAGAGGAGGGAGCUCGGGGCUGCGCUUUAUAUCGGCUGGGGCUCCGCUGGGCUGCUGCUGCUGGGAGGGGGCCUGCUCUGCAACAACUGCCCCCCAAAAGACGGGAGACCCUACGUACCUGCCAAGUUCACCCCUGCAAGAACCGCAUCUUCACACAUGGACUAUGUGUGAGGGUUUUGACAACAGCGGCUGCAGAAGGUGUCUUGGGACAUUCAAGAGGAUCAGCUAUUUCAUGUGCUGAAAAAUGUUUUUGCUGAAGCUGAAGAAAGUGAGAGAAAAGAAAACUAAAUUGCAUUUCACAUUUUGGUUGAUUAGAAACAUUUCCUCCGCUCAGUUUCUAAAUUUGAAUGAUUUUUUAAAAUAUUUUAGAGCAUCUAAUAACACGACACAGCACAUUAAACCGUACUGAUAACAAAAAGCCUCGAUGAUUGAUUGGUUGUGUGGUGGCUUGGACUUUUUAGAUGCAGUGUGUCCCUGUCUUAAGCUGACAUAAGCUGUCAAUUACCAGUUUUCACAUGGCAGUAUUUCUCUUAGCUCUUUUUCAUAAAUAAACAUUUCCCCUGUUGUAAUUCUAAUUAUGAAUUACAUAGCUACUAUUAGGAGUCAUUUUAAUAUUGCAGACUGAGACUGAAGAAGUGAUGUAAAAUAUCUGUAAUGGCUCCGGUUUAUAUCAACUAUUGCACAGGUUGCUGCUCAGAGAAGUUGGGAAAACAAAUAUUAAUGCAGAAUUCUGAAAAGCAAAUUUUUUAUUAUUAUUAUUAUACUGGACAAUGUACACUUAAAAUCUAUCUAUAAUCUAUGACGCCACAAUGAUCACUACAGGACUUCCAAUUGUCAAUUGUCCAAUUGAAAUA